GCUAGAUAACACCGAGGUUGCAAAGUGCGUCACACAGCUGAGCUGCGGAGAAUAAACGGAACCUGCAGUCUAGCGACGCAAGUCCCCCUCCCCGGCAUCCUCCUCCUCCUCUGUUAUUUUUGUUUGUACAAGAAAAACCCGAGCUGACGUCUGUUCUUCCAGCAUGGUGAAGAUCGCCUUUAACUCGGCUCUGGCGCAGAAGGCGCUGGGCAAAGAGGUGCCAGCCGCUGUUAAGGACCCUGAAGUGGCCUCUGCUCCAGUGGGCACCGAGGGCUCCACAGGUCGCUGCCUGCUCACCCUGUUAGGCAUCGCCUUCAUCCUCAGUGGACUCAUCGUAGGGGGGGCCUGUCUCUACCGAUAUUUCACCCCAAAGAGGAUGUAUCAUGGCGCGAUGGAGUUCAGAGACGUGUCGUCCGGAGCAGAGAGCCAGCCGUACUACUUGCCUCGAGUGGAGGAGGAGGUGGAGAUCUCUGACAACAUCGCCGUCAUCAGCGUCCCUCCUCCCCGCUUCAGGCCCGGAGACCCCGCUUACAUCCUGCACGACUUCAACAGGAAGCUGACGGCCUAUCUGGACCUGACUCUGAGGACCUGCUUUGUGAUUCCCCUGAACACAUCGGUAGUUCUCCCCCCUCAGGACCUCAUUGACCUGUUCUCACAGCUGAUGUCUGACUCUUACCGCAGCUACCUGGUGCAUGAGGACCUGGUGGUGACGGAGCGCAUUGAUGAUGUCAAGCCCCUGGGCUUUUAUAUCCGCCGUCUUUGUGAUGGAAAAGAAACAUACAGAAUGCAGCGCCGUGCCAGCCUGCCAGGUGGAGGCAUCCAGAAGCGCUCUGCGGACGAAUGUUUCACCAUCCAUCACUUUGAGAACAAGUUUGUGACUGAGACCCGCAUCUGCAAGGCUUAAGCAUGAAUAUAGGUCAUAGAGAGCGAGAGAGGGUAGGUGGGAGUGGGCGGUGAAGGGAACAGCAGAAAGUUACUUUUGUACAAAACUCUUUCCAGUUUUUGCCUCCCCUGCUUUUAAUCUAGUGUUGAGUGAAUUUAAGUUGCAGAAUUAGAGCCUAGCCCCCUUCUCCCCUGAUGUACUCCCUCGAACCCGUGAUAGGUCACAAGUGCGUAAGUAUUCACUAGCUAGUCUUGUACUGGUUAUAACUUUAAGUCGGUAAACUAAAGUUAGAUUUAUAAGUUUCAUUUAUUACGUUGCUUUCUGUUUUGUUGCUGUAGUUUCCUGCAGACAGAUCUUAUUGAUGUUACUAUAUAACAACACACCCGCCACAUUCAGACCAGAGCUAUUAGUCAUCCUACUGAAUAUUCUUGUGAGAUCAUAUUAGGCGUGUGUUGCGUCAGCCUCCUGUCGCCGCUCUGACCCGGGUGCACGGUGCAGGUUCGACCAGGUAUUUGUAUUCUGUUACAGCGUGAUAUAGAACAAGUCAGCAUGGAGAUGUCUGGUACAGUAUACGUGUAACAUGCUUGUCCGUGGAUGGUAAUGCAAAGCUCUCAGUCACCACUGUUUGUAGAUAUCCCCCAGAUUGCCGCUGUGUGAUGACUUUAGUGUUACUGAUGGUCUCAUGCCUGAUGGGAAACAGUCCAGCACCCUUACAAUAUAUGACCAGUUUUUGUUUUUGUGUUUGUGUUUCAAGCUUCAUGCGUGAUCCUAAACCAGAGGGAUGAGCUAACGAUGAAUAAGCUAAAGGGAAAUUUCACUUAAUUUGACUUGAAAACAGUCGGUUAUCUAAUUUGACUAAUUAUCUACCUGUAGUCUCCCUGUGAUCUUUACACACAUCGUGUGCUUAAAUGAAAACAGUCGUCCUUGAUUUCUGAAGUCUGUCGAGCACAUUUUAAGUCAUUUUCAGUGAUUUCCUACUUGAUGCCUGCACAGAGAGACAAUCAACAGGAAGUGUGUUUGUAAAGAUGGGGCUUCUGUCUCUGCUUUUUAAUUGAAUACUAGAAGAUGUUAGACGGGGAAACUCCCAAUGUUGUGUGCAACUACUGAACUGAAUUCCACUUUGUUGUUUGAAUAAAGUUGCAUUUCUUUACCUA